AUGAAGUACGCUCUUACUUGGGCAGCCGUAUCUGCCUCUUUUGCUUGGGCCGCAAAGGUCGACAUCUCUCAGAUCUCCCGCGGGCCCGCUACCAAUGUUGUACCGAACAGAUAUGUGGUCGAGAUUGACCCUGCUGUUGUCGGAAUCAGCUCCAUCACUGGAAAACGCUCCGUGACUCCCCCUGCCGGUCUCUACGAAGCCAUGCACAAACGCGACAUUACCUGGCAGACGACACAGGAAUACGAAGGAGAUCUCUGGAAUGGUGCUGCCGUACAACUUAGCAGCGACGAAGAUCUCAUCAAACUCUCCGAAAUCAAUGGCGUUGUGUCUAUUCACCCCAUUAUGCUUCACCCCGCACCCAAGCCCGUCUACCAACAUGUCCUGAGUGGCCCCGACGACACCAACAUUCCGGCCGAUACUCAAUCCACCCAUAAAAUGUGCGGUGUUGACAAGCUACACGCCGAAGGAAAAUUCGGAGCUGGUGUCAAGAUCGGCAUCAUCGACUCUGGCUUUGACUACAAGCACCCUUCACUCGGCGGAUGCUUUGGCCCUGGCUGCAAAUUUGCCUCGGGGUACGACUUUGUUGGUGAUGCUUAUUCGGGAACCAACACCCCUGUACCCGAUAACGAUCCUAUGGAUUGCGGUGGGCAUGGUACUCACGUCGCAGGUAUCAUUGGUGCCAACCCCGGAAACCAGUACAACAUUAGUGGUGUAGCGUACAAGUCCGAGCUCGCAGGUUACCGUGUCUUUGGAUGCGAAGGUAGCGUUUCCGAUGACAUUCUCAUCGCCGCUAUUCAGCGCGCUUACAACGAAGGCUGCGACGUGAUUACCAUGUCUAUCGGUGGCCCCGCUGGAUGGACCUCCUCUCCCAGCGCCGUCGUUUCCUCUCGUGCCGCCAAGAACGGACGCAUCGUCACCAUUGCUGCUGGUAAUGAGGGUGAUGCGGGUAUGUGGUACGCCUCCGGUCCUGCGUCUGGCAUCGAUGUGAUCGCUGUUGGCUCGGUCGACAACUCCGUGAUCCCCGUGCAGUAUGCCAAGGUCUCUGGCCAUGCUGAUAUCGCCUAUUUCUCGCUGGCACCUCUCAAAUUUACCGAGUCUCUCCCAGUCUAUGCGCUUAGCAAGACGAUGGUGCCGAAUGAUGCCUGUGAUCCACUACCGGAUGACACACCUGACCUCUCCCCCUAUGUUGUCCUCAUCCGCCGUGGAGCUUGCCCAUUCCUCGACAAGCUCAAGAACGUAGCCGCCAAAGGUGCCCGUGUCGGUCUCAUCUACAACAACGGUGGCAGUCCCAACAGCUUUACACCUGAUGGUAUCCCCGGUGCAUUGAUUGGUACCGAAGAUGGUGCAUACCUCUUGAACCAGUUCCUUGCAGGUACUCCCCCCACCAUCUCGUUCCCUCAAGACGGCCCCGCUGGUCAAGUUGACAACCCCACUGCCGGACUCAUGUCCACCUUCUCCACCUACGGACCAACCUUUGAUUCCUACAUGAAGCCCUCACUCGCAGCUCCCGGUGGUGGCAUCGUCUCGACUUACCCACAAGCUCUCGGCUCGUUCGCUAUCGAAUCUGGUACAUCCAUGGCUACUCCCUUCGUCGCAGGUGUAGCUGCACUUCUUCUUGAAGCUAAGGGAAAGAGCAAAGAUGUAGCUCGUGCCGCUCGUGAUUUCAUGCAGACCACAGCGGGCGCAAUCCCCCAGAGCCGCAACGACUCGGCACUCCUCCAAACGGCAGCAGUCCAGGGUGCUGGUUUGGUCAACGCCUACAACAUGGUACACUACCAGACGGUUGUUUCGCCAGGUCAGCUCUUGCUCAAUGACACGGCCAACUUCAAGGGCAAGCAUACGAUCAAGGUUAAGAAUGGCAGCAACAAGAAGCAGACAUAUACACUCACCCACAAGCCUGCGGGUACUGCUCAGUCUCUUCAACCUGGAUCGAUUCAGCAGAACGUCUUCCCCGUUCCGUUGACUGCGGAUGUGGCCAGUGUCAAUAUUCCACACACCAUCACCGUUAACGCGGGUCAAACCAAAUCGUUUGACGUCAGGUUUACCGCGCCAAACGUCGAUUCCAAGGCGAUUCCUGUUUACAGUGGGUACAUUGAGAUUGCUGCGCAGAAUGGAGAAGUCUUGGCUGUUACCUACUUGGGAACUGCAUCCAAGCUUAAGGAAGCUACUAUCCUCGAUAACACCGACUACUUCUUUGGUGAAAAGCUCCCCACUACCCUCGACGCUGACGGAAAUGUCACCACUACUGAGCAAACCUACACUUUCGUGGGCAACAACAGCGCUCCAACCAUCCUCUUCCGUCUCGUCAUGGGAACCCGCGCUCUUGUAUUCGAUCUUGUCUCCGAGAACACUACCGUCCCAGGUACCAUUGCUCGUCGCGACCUCGAAUCUGAACAAUUCGAGAAACGCGGAUUCUGGGGCUCAUUAUGGGAUUGGGUCAAAGAAUGGCUCAACGGACGGGGCAACCAAAACGGUGGCACCUACUCACAGAUCCCAGUCGUCGGUGGACUCGCAUCAUACGAGUAUAGCCCACGCCACUCUGAAACCCCCGAGCCAGAUGUAGGAUACAGCACGUUUAUCCUCGCCAACAAUACUUUUGCGAACAACACAAGGAUUCCGAAUGGCCGAUACAAGAUCUUGUUGCGCGCUCUGAAGAUCACAGGUGACUUAACGAAUGAGUCGGAUUAUGAGGCGUGGCUGUCGCCGCCCAUGGUCUUCAACGCUACCAAUGCAUGA